ACAAUUUAGAUACGGAAAUUGAUAUUGAAAAUGAUCUUGGAGGUGUAUUUAUGGACUCGAUUUCUUAUAUUGCAGAACAUUAUAAACAAUUCUUGUUUAUUGUCACAUUUCUUAGAGGACAAAUUAAAUGUUCAUUUACUAGAACUUCAAUGCUAUUAGAAUUAGCACUAAAUGGGUGUACAACAAUUCCUACAUCCGAAAAUGAACUACGUACUGCCAUAUUGAAGACUAAUAAUAUCAUAAGACUUAUGGAUAACUGUUGGAUGUUGAUUACCUUUGAAGAAAUUGGAGAUAAUAGUCAUAAGUGUAAUAGAUUAAUUGGAUUAUCUUAUUUGGCAUCUUUUUCUGAAAGUGCUAUAAAUUUUCGGGAUAGAUUGAAGUUCCAAAAUCCUGAUGAAAGACCAACUGUUGCCAAUGCCAUAGAAGAUAUCUGUUUAAAUAUACUGUUGUAUGGUCUUCCUGGUGAAUUCUCAAAAUAUGACAAAAGGCAUGAUAAUGAUCUUUCAGAUAUUUCAAAUAUUUCAAUUAUCCCUACAAAAGAGGAAGCUUUAUUACUUGAUACACAAUUUCAUUUAUUAAGAGAAGACAUGAUGACUCCAUUCGUGAAAAAAAUUAGAAAUGAUAUGCAGUCCUUCAUGUAUAUAUAUUAUGAUGUUGAAUUUGUUGGUAUUACUUGUAGAAGGAGGAAUGGAAUUGAAAACACUUUAAGGUUUACUCCUCCUCCAGUUCGCGGUUCAUAUUACGAUAGUAAAACAUAUUGGGAGAUAAUUCAAGCUUACUAA